AUGAUGAUGGUUCUUGUGGAUAUCUCCAUAGCAGAUCCACAGCGGGAGGGGAACGUGCAGCUGAGACGGGCGACCCCCACACAGAUUGGAGUGGCAGCAGCUAGGCGGGUGCAGGAGAAGCUGCGUCACUGGGGGCCGCACCUAGAGGGGUUGCAGCCGGCACCACAGUUCUGCGCGUGCGUGGCUGAGACCUUUGGCCUACUGAGCGAGCCGUUGUGUCAGUUCCUGGGGCUCUGCGCGAAGAGGAUAGCACAGCGGAGGAGGGAUUGGGGAGGGGGGGAUGACGGAUCGGCACGGAUAUUUGAGACAGGACUCACUACACGUCUCUCCGUGGCACUGCAGCGCGCGCAGGCUCAAUGCAUCUUACAGCAUGCGUCACACCCCCUGCCCCCUCAUGCCAUCCGCUCCCCCCGCCCCUACCCUCCGCGUGCCUGCUCCCUCGCCGCCUCUUUUGACCCUCCCUGCCCCCCUCGCCGUUACCCACCGCUCGCCAUUCGCUCCUCCCCGCCCGUGCCCUCCCCUCGUUUACCUUCGCCUCCCCCCUCCCCUCCUCUGCUGCACGCCUCUUCCUUCCGCUCGCUAACCCACUCCACUCCCUGCCCCUCCUCAAUCCGCACCCUGCCCCUCGUUUCUCGCCCCCCUAUGCUUGGUUUCUCCCCUCCCUGCCCCUCGCCGCCUUUCUCCGCUCCCCACCUCCCCCCUCUCCCUGGCCCCCCACUCUCCUCCACUUGCCCUUGGCUUCCCACCUCCCUGCCCCACCUUUCCCCCUUCCCUGCCUCUCCCUCCUCCCCGCCCUGCCCCUCAUUUUCUGCCCCCCCACGCCCGGUUUCUCCCCUCCCUGCACCUCCCUUUCUUUCUCCAUGCCUCUCCUUUGCUCCCUCCCUGCCCCCGCCUGCCCAUGCCCCUGUCUUUGGUUUCUCCCCUCCCUGCCCCACGUUUCUUCCCUCCCUGAGAUCACCUUGUACCCCCUCUGCCCCUCCCUUGUUUUCCCCGCACCCAUUGCUUCUCCCCUCCCUGCCCUUGAUUUCCCGCAUCCCUGCCCUUGUUUCCUACCAUCCAUGCCCCUCGUUUCCCCUCGUUUUCUUUGUACGUUCACCCUCUUCCCUCCCUGCCCCUCCCUUCCUCCCCCCCUGCCCUUUGCUUUCCCCUCAUUACGCUCCUUUCUCCCCAUCCCUGCUGCCCUCUUACCACCAUCAGCCCUCCUCCCUUUCCUCCCAUACCCCAUAUACCCCCUCAAACCCCAUCCCCUCAUACCACCUCCCUGCCCUGACCAUGCAGCCACCAUAG